AUGAGUUCUACCACUUUUAAUUGUUUGGAAUCACUCAGCAACGAAGUAUUACUGGAAAUUUUUGAAUAUCUUGAUGCAUAUGAUUUAUGUCAAUCUUUUUAUGACUUAAACACUCGUAUCAAUACUGUUCUUCAAUUAGUUCAUUUACAUAUUCUUUACGAUCCAUCUAAAAAUGAUGCAACUAUCUGGAAUACACUUGCAUCAUUUUUCAAUCCAUCACAAAUUCGUAUAUUAUCAUUGCAUAAUGAUAUUAAUAUUCAUGAACGAAUUCUAACUGCUCCAAAAGAAAAUCUUCAUUCAGUUUGUUUAAAAAAUAUGAAUAAAGACAAUAUAUAUAAAUUAAUUCAACAUUUUCCUAAACAUAAUCGAAUCAAAUGUUUCAGUGUAACCGAACCAUGGAAUUAUUCUCGGUCGCAUGGUAAUUCUAUGAUUCAUUUAUUACUAGUCGAGCAUGGACAUCGAUUUACCUCACUUGUUAAUCUAUCAUUAUGGUGUGCUACUCACAGAAUAGAUUUUCCUAGUGUUUCAGUUAUUUUUCCGCAACUUCGACGCCUCUUAAUAAAUAAUUGUGAUUUUACAUCAAAUUUUCUUGGCUUUCUUCGUAAUAAUACACCUAAUCUUCGAUCAUUACGAUGUCUUCAAAGUUAUUAUGCAUCAGUUACUUUAACAGAUAUUGUUAUUCCAAAUAUUCGUGAACUACAUAUCUAUGAGCCUAGUGAAAUGGGUCAUCUACAAAAUAUAUUUUCAAUAUUUCCUUGUUUACGCCGGCUUCAUACAGACAGACGUCUUAACCAUUCCUCUGCAGCUAUCGGUGCUAGUGCAUGGCAAUGGUUAAUUGAAAAUCGUUUACCUGAUUUAAAACAAUUGACUAUCAAUUUAGAUGAUGGUGUCAGUCAAGAAGCAGUUAAGACAUUUUAUAACGGUGACUUUUGGUUACGAAAAAAGAUUAUUAUGAAAUUGAAAAUAAAUAAAACAUCUGGUUCAAAUCCAUUGGUAACAACAAUCUAUUUUGGUAGACAAUGGAGUUUUCAAUAUUUUGAUAAUCUAUAA